AUGUCAUCCAUGCCAAUUCAACCUUUAGUGGAGGCUGAGUCAUCCUCCUCGCCUUCACAUACACCGCCACAUCUUCAACAACAUCAAUAUCAACAUCAACAACAUCAACAUCAUCAACAACAUUACCAACAAAAUGAGCAACUUGAGCAACAACAAUCCUCCCCAAUCAAGACUAAUAGAACUCGCCGCUCGGCCAGGAAUAGUUCCCUGCCACCACAUCUUGCCAACAUAGCCGCAGACCAUAAUCACCAUGAUGAUGAUGAUGAGGAUGACGACUUUGAGGAUGAGAUCACCGGUGAUGAUGAGGACAUGAGGAGUGAUGAUAAUGUAUUGAAUGAUUCGGCCAAUGAUAUAACAAUGCCAGCACCAACAUCAUUGCCUCCACCUCCUUUCCCCUCCACAUACCAAUUCGUUCCAUAUACAACACAUCAAUCAAACUCGCCUGUUGACAAGUCUUCCAAUGCAUCCGGUUCAUCAUCAUCAACCUCUUCCUCCUCCACUAACCCUUCAUCCUCCUCCUCAACCAUGCACUCAACUCCCUCUUCAUCCUCGUCAUCAACAUCAUCUUCACAUCCAUACCAGAGACCAUUCUCAACACACAUGGGAUUGUCCCGUGACAAGAUCCCAUCACAUUUCCAUCACUACUUGAAUCCACUGCCGCCCAAUCAGUCCAACUCUGGCAUCCCAAUAUCAACACCAUCCUCCAACUCCAACAACUCCAAUGACAUUCGCGAAGUCACACCAGCCAACAUCACGCUCAGAACCCCUGCGACAUCAGUUGAACCGACCGACAAUAACCAGAGCCAAGGCCAGAGCCAGGACAACUUGGUCUCCAACUCGUCAAACAUCCUAGCCACCGUUCCAACACUGGAGGAGCAAGCAAUCCAGAUGGCCAAUAACAAAGAGCAGCCUCGCUACGUUGAUAUCUCUGAGUAUCUGUGCAUGCCGCAGUCAGAGGCCGCCAAGCUGUUGAAGAUCCCCACGUCGACAUUGAGCAAACGUUGGAAGGAGGCAGCCUUGGGCAGGAAGUGGCCUCAUCGCCGCAUCGCCAAGUUGGACAAGGAGAUCCUCACCAUCCUUCACAACAUCCCCACCGACAAGGACAUGCCAGAGAAUGUCAACACCAACCUUGACAAGCUGAUGCGUAAGAGACAAGAGAUCCUUGGAUCUGUCCUUAUCAGGCUUUAG